AUGGCAGAUACUUUAGAGGAGUUGGUACUCCUAGAGCCACUAUGGGACAAGGCCAUCCAGUCGCCUUCAUCCGUCACGUUAGAUGAAAAACACCGGAUAUUGGGAUGGCCCACCAGGGCAAUAAUGCAGGCCAACGCCCAAAAGCACUUGAAUUUGUCAGUGGACGAUCUUUUCCACAAAGCAGCCACAAAUCCACAUUCCCUGACCUACCCCGAGUGUCUUCUUAUGGAUAAUGACUUUCAUAUUUUGAGCUUGUCAGAUCAAUUCAUGUUUAACAAGGAUCGACUGCGAUUGAGCGUCGAGCGGCCGGAUCUCACGGAGAAAAUGAAUCAGGCGCGCGCUAUUGUUUUCUCUCCCAUAGAGGCAAAAGCAUUCGCUAACUUAAGAGAUGACAAUAUCUUUUUCGCAAAAAGUACGGCAUAUCAUAAGGCUCUAGAGGAGAAUCGGAAGCCUCUCACAAUGCCUCGGGAGUGGGUGAAGAAUGUCCUCGAUCAGGAAGGAGAGAUGAAAACCUUCGGUUUUGUGUUCUACCACCCUAAGUACCAGGAGAAAGGUCUAUGGGAAAAGUUCCGGGAGAAAUUUGACGAGAUCCUCAAGGACCCUAUGUUCUCGGCGGACGGAUCUGAUCUCAUCGAAGAGUUCAAAGCGGCGGAAUUCGUUGAGUUUGAGAGUCCAAGCCCGGAUAACUUGGAUAUUCUUAGAGAGUGA